GUACGAGCUGCUCUGCGAGGGGAUGGAGAACGGGGGGUCCGAGAUGAAGGGCGCAGCGACCUGCAGUACGCCGGCCCGCCGGCCGCCGCCGCACCACCGCCACCCGCCGCCGAGGGAGAAGCUUCAACUUCCUCCGCCGCCACCGCCCCGCCCGCCGCCGCGUCCGCUGCCCCGCCCGCCGCCGAGCCGGCCGCAGCGGAGGCCGCAGCGGCGGAAGGCGCAGCGGAGGGCGCAGCGGCGGGGGCGGAGGCGGGCGGCGCAGGUGGUGGCGCGGUGCGUGCGGACGAGCCUCUCUUGCGGCCGGAGGAGCUGGCUCUGCUGCUUUGCGACGCGGCGCUGCAGCGCAAGCUGGCGGAGGUCGCGUCGCAGCCCGAGGCAGUGCUCGCCUUUCGGGAGGACGCCGUCCUGCUCGGCGUCCUCCUCUCCCUCGCCGAGCAGGGCUCUCCGGCCGGAGGAGGAGGAGGGGGCGGGGCGGCAGGGGGCACCCCGCAGCAGGUGGAAGUGGCGGACUGA